GCAGAAGUAUUGCAUGUAUCAGGACCUAAUGAAAAUAACGUGACCUCUGGCGAUAAUUUUAGCAACACUUUCACCAAUUUUCAUUAAAAAACAUGUUGUCUUUCAUCCGACGUACAUAUGGGUUAUCUUCAAGAGCUCCAGAGGUAUUUAGAGUGUCUGGACGGGCUGGAAGAUGUCAGCCUACAGCAGUCACUAGAUGUUACGCAACAGAUGGGGAAGUUGAUCUUGUAGUGAUUGGAUCAGGUCCUGGGGGAUAUGUAGCAUCCAUCAAAGCAGCCCAGCUUGGGAUGAAGACAGUUUGUGUUGAAAAAGAAAAGUCAUUAGGAGGCACUUGUUUAAAUGUUGGAUGUAUUCCAUCAAAGGCAUUACUGAACAACUCACAUUUGUAUCAUCAAGCUGUUACUGCUGAUUUCAAAAACAGAGGAAUAGAAGUGGGUGAAGUAAAACUCAAUCUCGAAAAAAUGAUGGAGCAGAAAACAACAGCUGUAAAGACACUGACAAAUGGAAUAGCUCACUUAUUUAAACAGAAUAAGGUAACUCGCAUAGAUGGACAUGGUUCUAUAUCUGGACCAAAUGAGGUGACAGUUCAUAAGGAGGAUGGCAGCACAGAAAUUGUUCAAACCAAAAAUAUCUUGAUAGCCACUGGAUCUGAAGUGACACCCUUCCCUGGAAUUGAGUUUGAUGAACAAGUUGUCAUAUCCUCGACUGGUGCCCUCUCACUUAACAGAGUCCCAGAGAAAUUAAUUCUUAUUGGAGCAGGUGUCAUUGGGGUUGAAUUGGGUUCAGUUUGGUCAAGACUUGGCUCACAAGUGACAGCUGUUGAAUUUUUGGGACAUGUUGGUGGUGUUGGUAUUGAUAUGGAAGUCGCGAAAAAUUUCCAGAGAAUUUUGCAGAAGCAAGGAAUAAAGUUCAAACUUAACACAAAAGUGACAGGUGCAACAAGAACCGAAGAUGGAAUCAAAGUGAGCGUGGAAUCAGCCAAAGAUGGUUCGAAAAAGGAAGAGCUUGAAGGCGAUGUUCUUUUAGUAUGUGUUGGAAGAAGACCUUACACGACGAGAUUAGGGUUGGAGAAAGUUGGUAUUCCUCUUGAUCCUCUCGGCCGGAUUGUUGUGAAUGAAAGAUUCCAGUCUAGCGUUCCUAGUAUAUAUGCAAUUGGCGACUGCAUUCAUGGACCAAUGCUGGCACACAAGGCUGAAGAUGAAGGUAUAAUUUGUGUGGAAGGUAUCGCUGGUGGCGCAGUUCACAUCGAUUACAACUGCGUACCGAGUGUGAUUUACACUCACCCCGAAGUGGCCUGGGUCGGAAAAACUGAAGAGAUGCUGAAAGAGGAGGGUGUGGCCUAUAAGGUUGGCAAGUUUCCUCUCUCAGCCAACAGCCGAGCGCGAACAAACGCCGAGAUUGACGGACUGGUAAAGAUUCUGAGCGAUAAGGAGACUGACCGACUGCUGGGGUGUCAUAUGGUCGCACCAGUUGCUGGAGAAAUGAUCAACGAGGCUGCUCUCGCAAUGGAGUAUGGGGCGUCUAGUGAGGACAUCGCACGAGUAUGUCAUGCACAUCCGACUGUCUCGGAAGCCUUCAGAGAAGCUAACAUCGCAGCUUACGCUGGAAAAGCCAUCAACUUUUAAACUUCAACCACGGCAAGGCAGACGAUCUAUUAUUAGAGAAUUUCUUCUCUCUCAAGUUAUACUGAUUCGUAUUAAAAAAAAAAAAGAAAAGAACGCCCUUCUGCAGUGCAGAUACGAAGUUGUACAGUUUUAAUAUUCAAAGGUUCCUGAAUAGCAUGUCUGAAUCCCUUAAUAGAAUUAUGUGUUUGUAACAAAAUACGGAACUGUAUUCGAGUUUUAUCCGAGAAAUAAAGUGGAGAGAGUUAUUUGUGAAUUUGAGAAUUGAGUGCUCAGUAAGCGAAUUGCUGCUUUCAUUACCACUGACACUUCGCUCGAGUUAAUCAAUAGGAUCUCAGGAUGUUAUGUAUUGAGAUAUCAAAACAAUAAAAUAUGAAAAUUCUUAUGGA